GACGACCAUCGCCGGUGACGAGAUUUUUGGGACUCCCAACGUCGCUUUUGCACAUCAUACUCAGCGGGCUUUGAUCGCAGUCUGCCUCCUACAUUCUCCUGUUUCUUUUUAACGGUUUAAAUUAGGCUCCCUGCCAGGUGGCAGACCUUCAAAAUGGCCAUGCAGCUUGAUUUGUCUCAAGCUUCUGUGAUGAAGGAUGAACAGGGCCGACCUUUCAUCAUUGUUCGGGACCAAGGGAAGAAGAAGAGACAGCAUGGAACAGAUGCCGUCAAAUCCCAUAUCGUGGCCGCAAAGACCGUUGCCAAUAUCGUGAAGACUUCUCUGGGUCCCCGCGGUCUUGAUAAAAUCCUGAUCUCCCCCGAUGGCGACAUUACUGUCACCAAUGAUGGCGCUACCAUCCUUUCGCAGAUGGAAAUCACAAACAAUGUGGCCAAGCUCCUUGUCGAACUCUCCAAGUCUCAGGAUGAAGAAAUUGGUGAUGGAACGACUGGUGUAGUCGUUCUGGCGGCCUCCAUGCUGGAACAGGCAUCUGGACUCAUCGACAAGGGUAUCCACCCCAUUCGGAUUGCAGACGGUUACGAUGCAGCCUGCGAAAUUGCUGUCGCCCAACUCGAUAAAAUCAGCGAUGAAAUCAAGUUUACAAAAGAUGACACCGAGAACCUGUUGAAAGUUGCAAAAACAAGCUUGGGUAGCAAGAUUGUCUCGAAAUCCCACGACCAAUUCUCGAAGAUUGCCGUCGACGCAGUACUUUCCGUUGCCGAUCUUGAACGCAGAGAUGUCGAUUUUGAACUAAUCAAGGUUGACGGAAAAGUUGGAGGUGCCCUUGAAGACUCCCUUCUCGUCAAGGGUGUUAUCGUGGAUAAAGACUUCUCUCACCCUCAGAUGCCGGAUGAAGUGAGGGAUGCUAAGUUGGCAAUCCUAACUUGUCCAUUUGAACCUCCUAAGCCAAAGACCAAGCAUAAGCUCGAUAUCACAUCAGUUGAGGAAUUCAAGCGACUGCAAGACUAUGAGAAGGAGAAAUUUACGGAGAUGAUCCAGCACCUGAAGGACUCUGGAGCCAACCUGGUUAUCUGUCAAUGGGGUUUUGAUGACGAAGCCAACCAUCUGCUCCUACAGAACAAGCUGCCUGCCGUCCGCUGGGUCGGUGGGCCUGAAAUUGAACUGAUUGCCAUUGCGACAAACGGCCGAAUCGUCCCUCGCUUUGAGGACCUCAGCCCAGAGAAACUCGGAACAGCUGGUCGGGUGCGUGAAAUGUCAUUCGGUACGACAAGGGAGAAGAUGCUCGUCAUCGAAGAGUGCGCCAACAGCCGAGCCGUUACAAUCUUCGUACGAGGCAGCAACAAGAUGAUCAUUGAUGAGGCCAAGCGGUCCCUGCACGAUGCCAUCUGCGUUGUUCGCAACCUGGUUCGUGACAACCGCGUUGUGUACGGUGGAGGUGCUGCCGAAAUUGCCUGCUCUAUUGCUGUCGAAGAUGCUGCUGUCAAGAGCCCUGGCAUCGAGCAAUACGCUAUGCGUGCCUUUGCCGAUGCACUGGAUGCAGUCCCCCUGGCUCUUGCUGAAAACUCAGGUUUAAGCCCUAUCGAGACCCUUGCUGCCAUCAAGUCGCGCCAAGUAAAGGAGAACAACUCACGGUUGGGCGUUGACUGCAUGCUGACUGGCAACAAUGAUAUGAGAGAACACUUUGUGAUCGACCCUUUGAUUGGAAAGCGACAGCAAUUGCUGCUUGCCACUCAGCUGUGUCGUAUGGUUCUUAAGAUCAAUAAUGUCAUCAUUUCUGGCGAUGAUGAUCAAGAGUUUUAGAUUUCUUGUAUACAGCUUUUAUUCUUCUUCUCCCCGAUAAUUAAAAGUGAGAGUCUAUGGUGCUAUAUGUGCUUUAGCAUGUUAAUCAAUCUAGAUCGUGCUAUGGAAAGGGCAGCGGUACAUAGAACAGAGUCGAUGCAAUGAAAGGAAAUGACCAACUACAAGGAAUUACACCAUUGGCACCGGGCAUAGCAAGACGACAACCCGUAGGAUCUUGGACGGGAAGCCAACAACUACUACAAGAAUGCAACCUGCGACAGCCACUCCUUAUUUUGACACUACGCCCAGGGUACCACCCACAACAUUAAUUGACCUAGAUAUCGUCUCAACGCCACAGAGGGAGAGCGAGAGAGAAAGAGAAGAAGCCAAAUGCAACGCUGUAAUCUAUCCCAUUAAACAAA